AUGUGUAGAGCAGCAGGAGUUGGGACACCUCGUUCUGUUUUUGAGAAGUGCACAAGUAGCAUAAUAAUACACACAGGAGCUUUGAAGAUGGAGAAUCCCCAGAAGCUUUGCAGAAAGUUCAAGGAUGUUUCACUGGAAGAACUCAGAGAUAGGCUUGCCGAAUUUGCUAAAGUAAGGAACUGGGAUCAGUACCACAGCCCAAGAAAUCUCCUCUUAGCUUUGGUAGGGGAAGUGGGAGAGUUAUCAGAGAUAUUCCAGUGGAAAGGAGAAGUGGAGAGAGGUUUGCCAAACUGGAGCAAUGAUGACAAGGAGCAUUUAGAGGAAGAACUCUCUGAUGUUUUGUUGUAUCUGAUUCAGCUUGCUGAUGUUUGUGAACUUGAUCUUGGCCAAGCUGCUCUAUCCAAGAUUGUCAAGAAUGGCCAGAAAUACCCCAUUCUCGAUUAGUUUUGCUUUUGCAUGGUCCUUUAAUAUUAUUUUCAUAUGAUGGGCCAAGAUAUAUGAAAUUAAUGGGGCCUACAAGAGAGAAUUGAGAAAAGGGUAUGAGAGAAUAAAUCUAAUUAAUAUAUGUUUUGGUGUUGUUUUGUUUCCUAGUUUUAUGUAAUACUUUUUUUUUUGUUUUUUUUUUUUCGAACGGCAAG